UCUUUUUAUUUACGACACCGUUUUCGUCUAGAAGCAGCUAUAAGUCCCUAGAGCCUCUUAUGUCCGUCGUCUACUGUCACAUUUUCCGGCGGCUUAUCAGCGCUACAAUCGCUACCGGAAGAAGUCGACGACGAUGCCUCUAAAAAGGGUUUUCUUUUGGCAGCCCAAUGCAGGAUCAACCGUGAACAGCCAAAUCCUAAACGAAGUUUCGCAAUGCGUCGAGAGCAUCAAUGGCGUCAAAGAAGGUCGUUGGAAAGCCACUCUCACUUUUUAUAAACCCAUGUUACGAGAUCAAGCGUUAUCCGCCGAGUUCCCGCGUGAAUUCAUCGGGAUUUCGCUUCCAGAACAACCAAACAAGUACUAUUUCGUGCUUCGGUUCAAUAAGAUUGUCCUGGAAUCUGAUUCUUCUAUUCAGUUGAUAAUGGAGAAAUUGCAGUCUUAUAAAUCCAGGGUCGCCCUUAAUUUCGAGGGGUUUCAAUACCAGCUAGGCGACUUUCAACUGAGAGUAGGCAAAGUUGUACCUUCUCAUUCUGAAAAUUUGAGAGGAAUAGUGAUGGAGGUGGAGUAUCUUCCGAUUUCUUCACUAGAGAAAUCCAAACAAAUCAUGGAGGAGUUUUUUGAUAUUUGGCAAGACGCGAUUUCCAAACGAUCAUUGCCAGGCCGUUUCAUACAUAUAGAACCAGACUUCUUAGAUUACGGACUUGCAGACCACUAUACUUCACAACACACGGCUGUCCAGUACACUCAUGUCACGAGUCAACUAAUUGCAUCGGUUCAAGCAGUACAAACUGGAAGAAAUUAGGAUAUCGAUACUCCACCCAGAUCCAGAGUGACGCUGACAGAGUUUUAUGAUCAUUAUGUAUGCUUACUUGUAUGAGUGGAUUCCUUCUCAUGAAAUUGAAAAAAAAGAUAGUGUUGGCCUGUUUUGUUAGCAUUGUGUUCUGUUGAACCUAAUGAAUUGUUCUUUAGUUUGUAGAAAAAAUGUAGAAAGGAACAGAUAAAAGUAAAUGGAAGGGGAGAUGAACUUAAAUGCAAGCAUGGAUGUAAUGCAGCUGUAAGUGAUGCUUUAGUAGGAGUGAUAACGGUUCGGUUUGUAAGUUUAGUUUUCAUAGAUAAAUUUAUCUUAUUUAUUCCUGUUCAAGGUUUA